GUGACUUGUCUUGAAUAUUUUGAGGGGCCAUGGAGGACCGGAUUCUACCCGGCAAUUGUGAAAAUAUUUACUCGUUUUUAUGCUCCUUUUUAUGGCACUGUUAAUAUUCUACUUCGUCAGAUUUUUAGCGCCAUGUCCGAUGUGUCACCCUUCGGUGAGCGAGUCGAAUUGAGGCGCCGACAAGGGUCAUUUUCGGUCAGGAAAAACAGUUGGAAAGAUUUGCAGGUCGCCGUGAAACAAACUAAAUCUUUGCAACAAAGUCUCGUAAAUCGAGUACCGCAUUCAUUCACAUUUUGCGACAACAAGUUAUAUUUUCUUGCCGUUCCGUUUGGAAGCCGCGAGAACACAAUCCACUAUGUCGAUCUGCCUGGACAACACAGUUCGCCCAAUGGCGAGAAAGAAAACGAUUUUUCUCCUCUUCCGUGGAAACCUCUGCUUGACUCGUUUAAGAUCAGUCGUUCCUUUUCGGGAUAUUCAAGGGAAGAACAGUUACUGCGGGAGAGGAAACGCCUUGGAGCAUUUGGAAUCACCGCUUACGAUUUCGAUGAGACAUGUAGAAGGUUCAUGUUUUCUGCGUCAAGUAGUUUGUAUACGUGCACAGAUUGGCGAGUUGACGAAGAGGAUGAAAACAGGCAACCAAUAAUUCCCGAGGAGUUGCAUUCCCAGACCUCAGAGACAAAGAUGGAUGCAAAAUUAUGCCCUUGUGAUCCUAACCUGGUAGCUUUUAUUCACCGUAAUGACGUUUGGGUCAAUAAUAUUGUCACAGAGGAAGAAAGGAGAUUGACGUACACAAAUCAAGGUUCACCAAGUCCAAUGGAGGAGCCAAUAUCAGCUGGUGUGGCAUCAUUUAUAGUCCAAGAAGAAUUUGAUAGAUAUACUGGCUACUGGUGGCAACCAAAAUUUAGCACUGAUGAAAACCUUACAAGAACCUACAGAAUUUUAUUUGAAGAGGUGGAUGAGAGCUCUGUGGAAAUUCUUCACAUUGUAUCUGGUCCAGACAGUAUGGUACAAAAUAGUCACGUAGAUAGUUACAGAUAUCCUAAAGCAGGUUCUGCUAAUGCUAAAUCCAAACUUAAAAUUGUCCAGUUCAGUAUAGAUACAAGUGGCAAGAUAUGUGAUCAUGUGAUUGAGUAUCAGAUGAGAGUUCCACUUUCAGAAGCAUUUCCUUUUAUGGAAUACCUUGUUAGGUGUGGUUGGUUGCCAGAUGGUGAAAGUGUGUAUGCAGAAAUACUUGAUAGAAGUCAGCAGCACCUAGCUUUGGUUCAAAUUCCUGUGGCAUUCUUUGUUCCGGUAAACCAUCCAGCAAAUCAAUUGUUGACAAUAACAGAAGGCAGUCCUAUGGUUGAAGUGCUAGCAGAGGAAUCAAAUGAUAUAUGGAUUAAUGUUGCUGAUCUCACUCACUUUUUGCGUAUGAAUGAUUCAAGAUUGCAGUUCAUCUGGUCCAGUGAAAUAUCAGGGUUCCGUCAUCUCUAUUUAGCAACUGCCAACAGUAAUCACACACUUACGCGUGCAAGGGCUGGUAGCUUUAUUUCAGAGUGUUGUAUCCAUUAUCCUCUUGUGACCCAGCGACAAUUAACAGAUGGAGACUGGGAAGUUGAUGGUAAAGAGAUCUGGGUGGAUGAAAAUCGCAAACUCAUUUUCUUUUUGGGUACCAAAGACACACCCCUGGAACAGCAUCUAUAUGUAGUUUCCUACAAGGAGUCUAUCUUCAUGGAACCACAGCGCCUAACACAAAAGGGGUUUUCCCAUGCUGUCUCUCUAAAUGAGAGUUUUACCAAAUUUGUCACAGUUUAUUCUUCUAUACAACAACCACAAGCUGUUAUGGUUUAUCAAAUGCAUCAUGAUGAAGUAGAGAUGAACAGUGUCCCUCUCAUCACAGUUGAACCACUUGCAGAAUUGCUAAGGGCAAAUGUUAUCCCCGAUUACCAGCCACCAGAACUUUUCUCUUAUGAAAGCAAGCAUGGACAUCAAGUGUAUGGGAUGAUGUUCAAACCUCCCUUAAUCCAACCUGGAGUCAAAUAUCCAACUGUCCUUUAUUUGUAUGGAGGACCUCAUGUUCAGCUAGUGACCAAUGCUCACAAAGGUUACCGCUUUCUCCGACUGCACACCAUAGCUAAACUGGGCUAUGUUGUGGUAGUGAUGGACUGCCGAGGUUCUGCACAUAGAGGUCUUCAGUUUGAAGGACACAUCAAGAGUCGCCUGGGUCAAGUAGAGAUUGAAGAUCAGGUUGAAGGAUUAGAAUAUGUUGCUAAAGCAACUGAAAUUGUUGACUUGUCCAGAAUAGCCAUUCAUGGCUGGUCCUAUGGUAUGGCAAGUCAUAUUUUAAUCAACAGAGAGAACAGACUGCUUCUUGUUCAUGGCUUAAUUGAUGAGAAUGUUCACUUUUACCAUUCAAGCCUACUCAUAACUGAACUGAUAAGAGCCUGUAAGCCAUAUCAGCUUCUGAUCUAUCCAAAUGAGAGGCAUGGCAUUCGUCAGUCAGUUUCAUCAGAACAUUAUGAGACCAUGCUGCUCUCCUUUUUACAGAAAAAUCUGUAGACAGUGGGUUGUGUAUUUACUCUGACCUACUCUUGAGCUGAGUGCUGGUCAUUUGUCAGCCUAGGAAUAUCAAAGAAAAAAAGAAAAAAAAAAGACCAAAAGAAACAAGGAAAAUAAAAAAAAAAAUGACCAGGCUUCUGUUG